UUCACCCCAUAAUGACCCCUCAUUCUUCUCCACGGACUGGACGCUAGGGAAGCAACAAGCUUGAUUGAAUCACAUAGCCUAUGCUACAAUAACGAGACGGCUAUUUGUCAGUUUUCCCUCAGAAGCAAGCCGUGCAUUUGGUGAGUGAGAGCUGUGGAGGGGAGAUGACGGCCGUGUACAAAGACGACCAGGGUGACUGGAUGACCGUCUGCCUCAAGUACCUCCUCUUCGUCUUUAAUGUCCUCUUCUGGGUUGGUGGAGCGGCGGUGAUGGGCGUGGGCAUCUGGACCCUGAUAGACAAGAGUGAUUACCUGAGCCUGCUGGCCUCCAGCACCUUCGCCGUGUCCGCCUACAUCCUCAUCCUGGCCGGGGCCCUGGUCAUGGUCACGGGCUUCCUGGGCUGCUGUGCCGUCAUCAGGGAGCAGAGGAGCUGCCUGUCCACGUAUUUCUGCUGUCUGUUAUUGAUCUUUCUCAUAGAGCUGGUGGCAGGAGUCCUGGCCUACGUGUAUUACCAGAGGCUCAGUGAGGAGCUGAAGCAGCACCUGAAUGAGACCAUGACAGAGAACUACGCCCAGCCAGGGAAAGAGGCCAUCACCCUGGCCGUGGACAGACUACAGCAGGAUUUCAAGUGCUGUGGCAGCAACAACUCAUUUGAUUGGCUGCAUAGUGUGUACAUGACCUCGGCUGUGUCGGAGGGCAGGGUGGUCCCGGACAGCUGCUGUAAGACCAUCACCUCCCUCUGUGGCCGCAGAGACCACCCCUCCAACAUCUACAAGACUGAGGGUGGCUGCAUCACCAAGCUGGAGCAGUUCCUGGCUGACCACCUGCUGAUCAUCGGAGCUGUGGGGAUAGGAGUGGCCUGUCUACAGAUCUGUGGGAUGGUGUUCACAUGCUGCUUACACAGAAGGAUUAAGUUGGAUCCUUACUGAACCCUACCGUCAAGCCCCCCCAACACCAUCCUGCCUCAUGGGCCAGGGAGCAACGAUGCCUGCUGAACACUCACCCUUGACCUCUAACCCCUCCUAACCUCUGAACCUUAUGAUCCAACCCUGCCUGGACCUUCCUGGAUCCUUCUGCACCCCUCCUUUAGCAUGGAUGCAUGCACAGCCCCCCUCUCAAAGACAAGGCCAAUGAAGAAGAGAUGAUUUGGUAUUAUGGUAUUGUUAUUUUCUGUAGUAAACCUACUGCUGUUUAUUUAAGGUAGUUUUUACUGUAUGUUGUCAAUACAGUCAAAUCCUUACUGUAGAUUUCACAACAUUCCACACAACUGGAAGGCAACCCGAAGUGGUUGUGACUGAGAAUCAAGUGUACUGUACACACUCUCAUGGUGUUGCUGCUUACGAAGGGUUAUUCAGUUAGUGCAGUGUCCAGUGUGUCACGGAUGUGGCCCACAACGUGUCUCUGUCAUUGUUUUAUCACGCAUUCUUUGAUAGCAAUGUUACACCAAUUGAAUGGUUCACCACAAAGGGAAUCCCAUGGUCAUCGAUGUUUGAUCUACGUCACAAAGAAAACAAUCAUGAGUUGAUUGAUAUCCACAGAAUAAUCAAGCAGAUAUGGGGAAAACCUAUACUUGAUAUGAAUGAAAAUAGCACUAAACGCUGCUGAGAGUAACUGUAACGGUUUUCUAGGUGUGGUGAAGGAGAGUCGGACCAAAACGCAGCGUGUAGAUUGCGAUCCAUGUUUAAUGAACAAAAAAAACGUAACACGAAUCUAAAAUACAAACACUACAAAACAAAGAACGUAACGAAAACCGAAACAGCCUAUACUAGUGAAAACUAACAGACAGGAACAAGGACACUAAGGACAAUCACCCACGACAAACUCAAAGAAUAUGGCUGCCUAAAUAUGGUUCCCAAUCAGAGACAACGAUAAACACCUGCCUCUGAUUGAGAACCACUCCAGACAGCCAUAGACUUUGCAAAACCCCAAGACAAAACACACCACAAUACAAAAACCCCAUGCCACACCCUGGCCUGACCCAAUACAUAAAGAUAAACACAAAAUACUUCGACCAGGGCGUGACAGUAACGUUGCAGCAUUUCUGUAUGUGUUGCCUCCGUAGUUUGACUAACAAAUCUGGUUUUGUGUUGUAUGCUAUGCUAAAGGUGUUGAUGUCGACGAAAUCGCCUUUCUUGCAGUACCAUAUAAACCUACCACUCAUCUUUCAAUACCAGGACCAAUUGACUUGUUUUACGACCACUUUUAUUAUGCUGGAGAAACAUGUUGUCAUUUACCACUGAUACAGGGUCAGAUCUUUCUCUGUCACCGCUACUGGUUAAGAUUAGGAUUCAGGGGUUAUGGUUGACUCCUCUCCUCUGGUGUGGGUUAGUAUCCCCAUCCAGUGGUAGAUAUUGGUAUAUACUCCUGUGCAGUGCUCCUGUAGUAUUCUGUGUAAGGUUGCAACAUUUGGAGAACUUUCAAUAAAUUCCCUGGUUUCCAGAAAUCCUGUUUGGGGGAUUCCGGAUUGUCUGCUUAUUCCCUCCAGAUUCCAGGAUUCCUCCAACCGAGAUUUCAGGAAAACCAGGGAAUAUCUUGAACGUUGGCGAAAUUUUGCAACUCUAUUUCUGUCUGAUUGGUUGUGGAGCAGCCAGGCAGCCUUGCAUCGACUACUGCUUCUAAAGACUAACUACAUUCCUCUGAAGGCAGGAGAUAUAUUUACAUUUUAUUGUUUACUACGACUUAGAAAAUGUCUGACACGUUUCCACAAGAGAGCAUUCAUUGGCUUGACUAUUGUCAAGGACACAUUCAAAUAGUAUUGGUUGCCCAUUACCAAGAUAGGACAUGGGUCUUUGUUUUUUAGGAGUGCUGGUAAGUCAGCUGACCAAUUCCAGUUGAUACAAUGACAACAAUCCUUUGUCAAAGUUCUAUGGAUGUUUAGCUGUUUUCCAAGACAUGAAGACACGUAUACAGAUGGUAUUUCCUCUAUUCCUCCUAGUGACCAACAGACAGCUGUUCUUGUUAUUCAUGUAUUUUUCUAAUCGAAAUGGGUCAAAAUAUGAUAUAACAUUAUAGCAAGUAUAAUAUAAAAUAUAUAAUAAAACAUAUAUGAUCUGGGCUCUUUCUAUACUGUAGACUGUAGUAAUCAAAGUAUGCCUUUGUCUGUUUAACAACAAUGUCAUAAUAGCUUUUGAAUUGAUGUUGAUGGUAGUCUUUAACCGGAUAAACUUUAUUUGUGUUUCCUACAUCA